AUGGGGGCCUGGCGGCAGCUUCUGUUCAAGAUGACACCAGCAGCACGCGCCCACCAUUCGUCCGUUUGGGACGUCGAUUCUGGUGCGAUGUUGGUGUUCGGAGGCGAGAACGGCGCAGCUUUGGGUGAUCUCGUCAGGUCUGGAGCGUCGCUGCCUCAGGUGACAAGGUCCAUGAUCGUCUUCGCCGGCUGGAGUGGCAGUGCGUACUUGCAGGACCUUCACGUGUAUGACUCAUGGGCGGACCGUUGGUGGGAGCUCUUUCCAGCAGGGAGCCCGUUUCCGAGGGCUCGACAUGUGGCAGCCUGGCAGCCGGGUGCCAUGUCCAUGCUCGCAUUUGCUGGAGUUCAAAACGUCAGUGGCAACUUGAGCUACGAUGGCAAGCUGUACCGGUUUGACUUGCUGGCGGACACCUGGUCAGAGCUUGCAACCACGGUCGGCCCCUCCCCGCGUUCAGACCCACGAGGCGUCUGGGACGAGGCUUCCAGUGCGCUGAUGACAUUCGGAGGCUCCGGUGCAGCGUAUUUCGACGACCUCUGGCGGUUCCCUUCGACUGAGCAAUCACGCGCAGUCGCGAAGUGCCCUGUGGGCCAAGACUGCGAUUUUGUGAUGGAUGCCCCGCUUCCUGGUGUGUGGAUUUCUGUGAAGCGAUCGUGCUUGGAUUCAGAGUCACUGGCUUCAGCUGUGAGUUCGGAUGGCCAGAGCUUCACAUUCACAGAUGACCACACUGGUUCGCGCCGACUCCACGUGGAACCUGGAUGGUACAGGUUGUGCUCCUGUUUCCAGAAUGUUUCGCGAUGUGAUCAGCCCAGUGACUUCACCUCAUCCAUUGGCUUCUUCAUCAGUGAGGGUCCCUAUGCCAACCAAACUCUGCAUUGCUUUAUGGGUCAGCCCUGUGUCUUUUCGCUCUGGCGCGGCGUGGGGUUGUCGGUGACUGACAGUGUGAUCGCCCUGAGCCAAUGUGGAUCUCGCAAUGCGUCCGUGACUUUUCGCCACGAGAGUGCUGUUCGCCGCGUCGAUCGUACCAUCGAUGCCUUCACGGUGGAGCUGGGGGAGCUGCAGCUGAAUGGCGUACCAGAGACUUUGCAGUUAUGCUGGUGCCCACAAGGUCGUCCAUGUGCAUCGUCGGAGGAUCACCAAGCCGUGGCAUUUCAAUUGCAAGUCCACUGUUCUCCAGGGCGUCAUGAGUUUGGGGGUUCGUGUAUGAUCUGCCCAAAAGACUCGUUCUGCCCCGAUGGCCACCGUGUUGAGAGCUGCCCAUCCGGGAGCACUGCAGUGGCCGGAUCCAGUGAGUUUUCGAAUUGCCUGUGUGAGGCUGGACAUUAUAUGCAGGAAGCCACCUGCCGAAUGUGUCCAUAUGGCUCCACGACAUCGCAGGCCGGAGCCGUGGCAUCGGAUUCCUGCACAUGCGCACCGGGAUUUAUAAAUACUUCGACCAGCCCCUCACAAUGUGGGCCCUGUGGCUUUGGCUUUUUCUGCAUGGGAGGUUUGCACCGGGAGAUGUGCGGAGAGUCUCAGACCACGGUCGUGGAUGUUGCCAGCGAUCGCACUGACUGCAUGUGUGCCGCAGGAACGUUCCUGUUGGAUGAGGUCUGCAUGCCCUGUGCAGCAGGUGAGUACAAGAGUGGCAUUGGCAACCUGCCGUGUAGCAAAUGCAAGGCUGGGACGUGGAGUGCUGUCAUUGGUGCUGCCUCUGAUGCAUCUUGUCAAGCCUGCCCGUCCGGGUCCACCACAGAGAGCCUUGGCUCCUGGACUGAAGACUUGUGCAUUCGUCCGCAGGGCGAUCAGGUGUUUCGCUGCACUUCAGGCAAGGCUUGUUCUUUUCCACUAAGCGGGUUUCAUCUUCGAGACGGUCACCGACUAGCACUCUUCACGUCGGAAGACUGUGGCGGAGCAAAGUUGCCUGUGGCCGGUAUAGCCAAUGAUGGUGAUGGUACUUGCAAGCCAGCCAGUGGUGACGCAAACCUCUACACAUGCGGCGACGGCCCUGCGGAUUUCUUGCCAGAAGGCGGCAUCUACCGGCUCUGCUGGUGUGCGAACAUGGCUGGCCUCUUGUGCGCCACCUGGGAGAGUUUUCAGCUUUUCGCAGGUCAGCUCGAGGUUGUGGGGCCAUUCAGCGACCAGCUUUUUCAAUGUGUUCGUGGACAGGACUGCGUUGGUCUCGAGCCCUUCCGGGGCGUCGGUUUGUCCUCGUUGGAUCGCCUGUCUCUUAGGACCGGUGGAUGUGGUGGCAGUGUCGUGAUGCAGAUCUCCCCAGCCAAUGUAGACGGGACCGCAAGCCUUGAGCCUACGGGAGAGUCCGAUUUCUCCCUGCACUUCCAUUUCGGCACCUCGGACGCCGAGCUUGGUCUGGACCACGGUUUGAUCAUGGAUGCAAGCGAGGCUGGAUAUGAUCUCUGCUGGUGCGGAGCGUCCGGGAACGAUGUUCCGUCGACAUGCAGCCAGCCUCUGGCUUUUCUGGUACCAGCUGGCAAACUGCAGAUCGAAGGUCCUGGUGCCAACCAAGAGAUCGUUUGUUCCGUUGGGCAACCCUGCACUCUGAGGAUCCGGUCUGUCCACGCGGCUCAUGGAGACCGCAUCAUGGUCCUUUCUGCUUGUGGUGUGGAAUCUCUGGUGCAAGGCUUCCCUGGCCGGGGAAUCGCAGAGUAUGCCCAGGACCGUGCCACAUUUCAAUUCCAGGGCGAGUCCAACCUGCUGCUAUCACCUGCCGGGAUUUACAGACUCUGCUUUUGCAGGCCAACUGCAGAUGAAGAGUGUGAGACUGCCACUGCUUUCCGAGCACCUGUCGGGCUCAUGACAGCAUCCGGCCCGUUUCGGCAGACUUCCACUUGCAGUGUUGGGAGCAAUUGCACACUAGAGCUGUCAGGCAUCUAUCUGCAGGAAGGUGAUGCGAUGAUCGUGAUUGAGGGUGCUUGUGACAAUUCUGCCGGAAACAUCAGUGAUUUCAUGUCGCUGAAGCAGCCCUUUUACUUCCAAAGAAGUGGAAAGGCACUGCAGGUGUCCAUGGGAAAGCUGCCCAAAUCGACAAUCGCUGCAACUUACAGGAUCUGCUGGUGUCCAAGACUUCAUGGCUGCACGUCCGCUUCGUCCUUCCGGGCGGUAUCUGGCCAGCUGCAAAUUGACUGUCCAAAGGGACGUUUCUUUACAGCUUCACGAUGUGCUGCAUGUGGACGCGGCUUCUAUUGUCCCGGGGGUAGCCCAGGGUCCGCAACAAGAUUUCCUUGCCCCGAGCAUGAGACCACACGGCAGCGAAGUGCUUCUGCAGCUUCUGACUGCGAGUGCAUGGCUGGCUACUUUCUGGAUUCUGGAAGUUGCAGUGCCUGUGACAGAGGAUUCUACAAAGCUGAUGUGGGGAAUGCCUUUGCCUGUAAUGCCUGUCCGCAGAAUCUGACAACUCUUCUCGGCGGUUCCGUGUCCAGUUCCUCGUGUAUUCCUCCUGUUGCAAAGGAGGGAGGCUCCAGCAUGGUGGACUUGAAUACAGCAGCCGGCCUCAGCAAUGCUUCAGAUGUAGCAACCAUGACUUUCAAUAUAUCUCUUGGCACUGACUGGAUUGAUCCAGAUGUCAGGCGUGAGCUUAUUGCUACCCUGCGCCGGAGUAUCGCAGACUCUACAAGGAUGGAUCCUAGCGCCGUGGAGAUCAUGCUACCUUGGGCAGAUGCCGGCCGCAGGUUGUCAGAUUUACCAUCAGUUGUGAUCUUGCUGAAGUUUACAUCGGCGGCCGAGGCCAACCGCUCUGUACAGGAGACGGAUGUGAGCGUGCUUGUUGGUGACAUGAGCGAUGCGGUCCGGCUGGCUGAGGACUUGUCCGACUUCACCAUCGAAGUGACCUCAGUUCCCGAGGUGUCGUCGGUGACAAUCCUCUGCCCAGAGUUUUCAGCCAGGCCUCCGGGCGUCCCGAUCGUGAGUGCAAGCGAUUGCCUCUGCUUGCCUGGCUAUGGCUUCGAUGCGCAGAUUGGAACAUGCGGACUGUGUCCGCAGGGUGAGUAUAAAUCUGCACUGGCAGAUACAGAAUGCAGCAAGUGUGAGACUCCACAAUCGACUGUUCAGCGUGGUGCCGUUUCGGUGCAUCAGUGCGUUUGUGGGGCUGGCUUGUACGACCAUGAGGGAGACUGUCGCAGUUGCGAGAUCGGUUUUUUCUGCAACGGCUCGGGCAUCGCACUCCCAUGUCCAGCAAACUCAACUACGAUCUCCGAAGGAUCGCGGUCUAUGUCAGAGUGUCUCUGUACGGCCGGAUACGAGGCUGGCCGUGAUGUAGGGCUCUGUGAGCCAUGCCCGUCGGGGAGGUACAAGCCGAGUGUAGGCAGCGGAGUUUGCUUCCUGACGUGCCCGGCAAAUGCAGACAGCAGCCCAGGCUCCACGGAACUGGAUGAUUGCUACUGUUUGCCCGGGCAUGUGGCAGAGACGGACAAGGGCCAGUUAUCUCGCUGUGCUUCCUGUGCUCUGUACAGUGGCUUGGUGUGCCCGGGUUACUUCCAUGAAGACACAAGGAAUCACACCCAGCCAAGAUCCAUUGCCGGCUGGUUCCAAACUGGCAGCACGCUGGCCGUCCAAUGCCACGUUGUCUUACCAAGCGGAGACAGCGCCUGUAGCGGCCUCUCUCCGGAGUGCAAGCGUGAUCCAACUCUUGCAGGUUGUAGCAAACCUGUGGGAAGCCAAUGCGCAGAGGGCUCUUCUGGUGUGAUGUGUGGGGAGUGCCCGGAGGGCUGGGGCAGAGGUACCCUUUUGGAAUACUGCCAGCCCUGCCUUUCGGGCGAGGGUGCGUGGUUGCUCGCUGCCUCCGUCCUGGCAGACCUCACGCGAAUCACCGUUUUGAACUUCGUGCUUACUGUUCUCGCGGCGAAAGGUUCGGGAAGCUCACUAAAGCUUCAUACCUGCAUGAUACGCAUGGUGCAGGCCUGGAUAGGAGCAUGCCAGAUCUUGCUGGCCUUUAAUCUGGAUCGUUUGCAGCCCUUCUCGUGGUCUCAGGAAGAAGCGCAGGUGAACUGCGAUGCGGAGUGCGGCGAAAUUCCGCGCUUUGCGUGGCCUCAAGCGGUGUCCGAUGCUAUGCGUGGAGUGUUGUCUUUAGUAGCAGUCAUUCCUCGGGCGAGGGUCCCUUUCGCGGCCGAGUGCCAAUCUGAGACCUGGUCGAACGACAAGGACAUAAAGCGGAGUGCACCGGUAUUGUACUACCUGUGCUUGCCGGUGCUGACUCUUCUCGGCACGCUUUUCCUCUCCGCCCUUGUGGUAUACGCCGUGCUGCCGCUGGGAAAGAUGCUGGGGCUCCAUUUCAAUGAAGCCGACGGCAAGGAGGCCAAGAAGCAAGCAGCCCUAAAGGCAGUGCGAGGCCAGCUGAGCCUCAUGAAGCAGGACCUUGCCGAAAGCCCUGACUCGGCCCCGGGUCGUCUGCUGCAAGAGUUCCCGCAGGGAGUCUGGGACAAGGUCGACUUGGACGAGGUCCCAGAUGUCGUUCUCGCUGGAGGCAUAAAAGAUGAUCAGCUUCUGGCAACUGCAUCGGAUGGCUUGAUCUCCGAGAAAGCUCUGCGCCGGCUGGUCCUCGGUGCCCUGGCAUGGAAGAUGCGAGGAGAGCUUGAGGCAGAAGCUGACCGCAGAGGCUUCCCAAAGGCAGACUUUGUCGUGGAGGUGGCCGGCACCGCAGAGUCUGUCGGCGAGCUCGUCGACUUGCAAGGCGAAUGCGGACGUUCGCUGCUGAAGCGCGCUCGCCGUCAUCUGCGGCUCCGGGAGUCGGAGCUCGUGGCAGAGGUCCAAGGGAGCGCGGCAAGGCUGGACCUCGCGCUCUUCACUUCCUGGCCUGGACCGAUGGCGCUGCUGAGGCAAAGCGUUCCGGUGAUAUGGCUCACACAGCUUGCCUUGUGGCCAGAGCUGAUGUCCCAGUUCUUGCAGACGGUUCGAUGCAUCUCGGUUCGCGAAGAUCGGCAGGGGCCGGUGAUGGUGCAGCGCUUGCAUGCACAUCCCGACGUGGAGUGCUGGCAGGAGGAGCACUGGACACUCUUCGCCAUGGGCGUCAGUGGCCUGGUGCUCUGGUGCUUCGGCAUCCCGCUUGCCUUGUUCCUUCGGAUUUGGCUCCUGACCGAUCGCCAGGAGCCAGAGAACCGCCGCCUUUUCGGCUAUUUCAUUGAAGGCUUAGAGCCCAGGUUCUGGUAUUGGGAGUUGGUGGUAAAGCGGCUUGACAUUGGCCUCAUGUUGCUGAUCGCGUCCACGUCCGUUACCACCGACGACAAAGCAAAACUGCUGCUCUUUGCCUUAAACUCGGGCAUACAACUCGCCGUAACGGCCUGGCUGAAGCCGUACUCCAACUCGCAAGCAGAGAUUUUGGACUUCUUGGAGUGCCUGCUGCUCGGUGCACGCUUUGUGCUCUUCACCACGGUGGCAGUGCUACUGAUAUUCUUUCCACCCACAGAGAGCAUCUGGGCUUGGUCGGUUGCGUUGCUGGUGAUGCUGGUGUCAGUUAUUCUCUAUGCGGUGCUGCAUAUCAUCGGUCAGACCCUGCGCAAUGCUGCCGGGAAGCUGAGCAGCAAGCCCAAGAUGGGCGAGGAGCGGAAGAUCGCGCUUUGUCAUCCUCUUGCCUCCCGGAGCUCAUUCAUCACGUCCGAUGGCACAGGCCUCCUAGCGAAGCUGAAGCAGAGCGGCGUGGCCCUCUUGUUGCCCUUGUUCCAGCCGGAGUCUCACCUGGCCUUCGACUGGUCCAUAACAGUGCAGAGUCCCAACAUCAUCACACGGAGGAGCCAGAUCCAGGUACCUCGCUACCUGUCGGAUCGCAGCUGGUUGCUGACAAGGCUGGCAAAGGCUUCGGCGCUCUUGCUGAGGCUUUCCGUCGGAUUUCAAAAGGAGGCGGUGAGCAAGGCCUACCAGGACUUUGUGCAGCUCUGGCUUUCAGAUUUCGAUGGCGGGAACAUCCCCAACGUGAGUGUGCUGUGUGCCUUGGCUGUCGCUUGCCGGGCACUGCCCGAUAACCUCGCGAACUCUCUGAUCUGCAGCUUCUGGAAGAGGGAGACCCAGAAGCUCGCAACACAGGCAACUGCUCGAUGGCAGCUCUUCGCCGAUGACUUCGCCAAGACGGUGCAGAUGUUCGCGAUGCUCCAGAAGGCGGAUGCAGACGACCUCAUGCGGUCGGUGCAAGACAUGCUCAAGGAAGCGCAGGGCAACGACGAUGCCGCGGCAGGCAAGCUGCCGUUGCUCACUGACAGCGAAAAUGACGAUGCUGUCAGUCAGAUGCUCGAUGAGGCCGCGGCAGGCAAGCUGCCGUUGCUCACUGACAGCGAAAAUGACGAUGCUGUCAGUCAGCCGCCCGAUGAGUUGGCGAGCAUCGUCAGCACAGCGGAAGGCAGCCGUGCCGUGAGAAGCUCGCUGAAGGCUGGUGCCCUCCUGGAGGUCCAGGCCGAGCCCCACAAGCCGAUGAAGCUCAAGGCCAAACGGAAGAGAAAGAAGCCGACGGUUCAGACUGAUGUGGAAACCACCACCAUCGUCGUCGGAGGUGCGGAGAUUGUCGAUACAGGCACCUGCCUAGAGGAUCCCACGCAGAGCCACCUGCAAGGCGAGGUCGGGGAGGUGGUGGAGUUUCCACACCAUGGUUUGGCAGAGGCUGCAUCUCCGAGGCAGAUGAAGAUCAAGGCCAAACGAAAGGCAAGGAAGCCGGUGGGUCAGACUGAUGUCCCUGAUGAGACGGAAAAGCAGAGCCCUUCAGAGGAUCAGUGCUUCUGA